CCUACCUAUGCGCAUUUAGCGAAUUGUACAGUUGGUGUCAUCAUUUGUUCCUUUUAAAAACAUAUUUUAUUCGCUGAAUUAGCAUCAUGUGACUGAAUGCUUGACCUAAACAGACGCGCCAUUUCACAACAACACGUUCUAAAGAAUUCGCUUCAUUGUAAAAAGUAAUGUUUAAUAAAAAAAAUACGUGUAGUGUUUGAUUUAAAUCAAUAUAUUUGCGCUAGUUUUGUUACCGCGACUCUUAAUAAUUUGUUUAGAAAAAUAAAACAAGACGAUAUUUUAUGUUACAAAAUUAUUUUAGUGUACGUUUAUUGCCGAAUUAAAUUUACGUAACAUUAAUUAAACUAAACCGGAUUCUGGACCUCAUAAUCGGUAAACGAAAGCACGGGGUGGGAGAAUUGAAAAGAUGCCAUAAUUCAGUACAGCGCCAUCUGUUGUCCGCGGAAACGAAACUAAGAUGAGUGCAGCGCCAUCUGUCGAGUGAACGAGAUGCCACGGCUCAAGUAUGCUUCGGUCGUGCGUGUUGUCGUCAUACUCGGGCUCUUCUGUCUGUGGCUGCAGAUCAUGCUGUCUGCUUCUGGCGGGGGAAUGUAUAGGGAUGGAGAUGACCAAGUUCCCCUAACAGCUAACCCACUGACCGAAUAUAAAGUCACGGAUGUGAUUGUGCCAUAUACAGAAGAGCUGAUGAAUUCGAACGACACGUCGGAACAAGUGCUAGCCCUGGUCCCCCCCGAGCUGCACAAGUAUCUGACGGUGCACCCGAAGAACUCAAGUGUCAACUCCACAGAGAGAGCCGUUUCUAAGAAUCUCACUGAAAUUCGCAAAGCGAUACAGAGGAGCAACGAAGCGCAAUACAUUCACAAUGAGGACAUAUACGGGCCGGUACAGAAUGACACCAUCAUUAUUGCCAUACAGGUACACACAAGACUGACGUAUCUACGUCAUCUGAUCGUCUCCCUAGCCCAGGCUCGAGACAUCGAGAGGACAUUACUAGUAUUCUCCCAUGACUAUUACAACGAAGAAAUCAAUAGCUUAGUAAGAAGUAUUGACUUCACCAAGGUAAUGCAAAUUUUCUACCCAUACUCGAUACAGACGCACCCGAAUGAGUUCCCGGGCUUAGAUCCCAACGACUGUCCUAGGGAUGUGAAAAUGCAACAGGCGAUAAAGUUGAAAUGCAUCAACGCUUUGCAUCCCGACCUCCACGGGCACUACAGGGAAGCGAAAUACACGCAGACCAAACAUCACUGGUGGUGGAAGGCGAACAGGAUAUUCAAUCAGCUCGAAUGUACAACUAAUCAUACAGGAAUGGUAGUGUUUCUAGAGGAGGACCAUUACGUGGCCGAAGACUUUAUAUACAUGUUGAAUCUAUUGCGUGCGACCGCGGACCGCAGCUGUCCGCAAUGCGAGAUAAUAUCGCUAGGCACAUACUUAAAGACCUACCAGUACCACGCCAACGGAGACAAGCGUAAAAAACAAAUGACACUGAACUACAUACAGCAAGUGCGGAUGGCGAACGAGGAGCGAAGGAAGCGUCAGGACACACAGUGGAAUUUCCAAGUUUACCCGAACCUGUACGGGAACACGCAAAAGGUUGACAUCACUCCUUGGCACUCUAGCAUGCACAACAUGGGGUUCGGUUUCAAUAGGUCCGUUUGGCAUAACAUAAUGGAGAUACAGGAACAGUUUUGCGCUUACGACGACUACAAUUGGGAUUAUUCGUUGCUCCACUUGUCUCAGAACAGAAAGAACCAGGAGAAGUUCAAGGUGAUCAUGUCCAAGGGGCCGAGGGUCUUUCACAUCGGCGAAUGCGGUAUACAUCAUAAGAAGUCGAACUGCAAUGCUUCGUCCGUCAUAAGCAAGGUCCAGAAGUUGCUUCAGAACGCGAAGCCGUAUUUGUUCCCGGGCAGCGUGACGGCGACCGUCACCGCGGGGGGCGCCAAACACAAUAAGAAGCUGACCAAAGGGAACGGCGGCUGGGGAGACAUAAGAGAUCAAGAACUGUGCACGAACAUGACAAGGAUAGGCCGCGAACUAAGAAGAUACAAUUACUACGCUUGAAAUGGUUGUUAAUAAUAAUAAUAAUAUAAAAAAAUCAUUACAACGCCAUCUAUCCGCGGCCGCGGGUACUACAGUAUUCAUCAGACCUAAGGCUCCGCGCUUGUCUCGGCUUCGUUGAGGCGUCGUCGCGGUAGCAACCUCGCGGUAGGUCGACAUCGCUCAGAUGACGUACAGUCUAUUAUCGAACACCCUGUAUCGUGAAUUCGUACUAGUCAACUAAGUCGAUUUUAAUUUUAAUUAAUCUCUUACGUCACGAUCGGAUGAUUUCAAUUGAACUCUUAAUUAUAGUCCAGGAGCACUAAUCCAAUAUUGUACAGUGUGCUUAGUGAGAGUUUUCGAACGAAAUUUGUAUGCAGUUGGAUCAGCGCCCCUAGCGGCAAACGUAGGCAAAUGUUUCACCUCCAUACUAAUUUGAGUUAACUUUUACGCUAUCGAGAACGUUAAAAAACUCGCACUAAGCAUACAGGUAACCCUCCUAUAACGCGUUAGAUCCGUUUCCACAAAGACCCGUGUUGUGUGAAACCGUGUUAAAAGAAACUAGAAGCCAGUACAAUAUACAGAGUAAUUUUUUUCUGAAUUAAAAAUCUCAACUAUGCCUGGAUGUAUUUUUUGCUCAUCACUGCAUAGUAUAAAACAAAGUCGCUUUCUCUGUCCCUAUAUCUGUCUGUCCCUAUGUAUGCUUAAAUCUUUAAAACUACGCAACGGAUUUUGAUGCGUUUUUUUUUAAUAGAUAGAGUGAUUGAAGAGGCAGGUUUAUAUGUAUAAUAACAUCCAUUAAAUAGUAGAGAAAUCAAUAAUAAAUUACAGUUUCCGAAGCGAAGCGAGGGCGGGUCGCUAGUUAUACAUAAAAAAAUAAUCAGUAUAUUUUCAGUUAUUCCCCCAUAUAUAGUGUGUUCAUAGUGCAUAAUGUCGUUUUCUGAAUAAUUUUUAAACAAAAAAUCUCGUUAUCGUGUUGUAGACGUUACCGUGUUAUAAGAAGGUUUUCGGGACAUUUACGAUUCGUGUUAUAGCGGAACCGCGUUGUAAAAUCCGCGUUGUAGGAGGUUUAACAGUAUUAUAAAGUAUAGUAUCCGAUUCGCUUGUGAUAAUCGAUAAUGUCUAUUGGCGAGGACGAGGGGCAGCCGUUGUACUGACGAAACUGAGACUUAGAACUCGUGUCUCAAGACGGACGUUGGCAUUGACAUGGUCUAUGACGUUGACGAUGUCUAUCGGCGACCAAUCUUAGCAAUAAAAAUUAAACUUAACAGUACGCGAAUUGGUUUUUAAUUACAAAAAAAAAUCGAUCGACAAUAAUGAUUAAAUGUUAAGUAUUAAAGAUUUUUUUUUUUCGUUAUGCGGUUUUUAAACGCGGAACCCGACGGCGCUGUAGUUUGCUUCCCUGACUACUGAGCCGAGAGUCGUGAGUUUGAUUCUCACGUAUACCAAGUAUAUCGGUCCUACCGGCGCGAGGGACCUUAAUUACUUAAUAAGUUUGGACCAGACCGCGUUGUGUGACUCUAUUUGUUUAUUAAUAUCAAUAGAUGCUCAUUGCCAAUGAUACGAUAUCGUCAAUGAGAUUGAGGAGGGAGUAGGAAGUGAGAUUUGAGGAAUCUUGUAUCGGUACAGGGAACCCCUCCCAACUCCCCUUUUCCCCCUCUAUGGGUUAGUGAUAACUGUAAAAUUACUCUUGAACUUCGAAGGUUUUUUUUUGUUAUACUAUUAACCUCGAGGGGUCAUUCUAGAUUCACCGAGCUAGUAGGUGAGCUCACGGGGCUCAAAUCGGGAGUGUUGCUAACACUGACCCUAGCAAGAGCCGUGCUUCUCAGAAUCUACCACCGGAUCGGAAACGCGACCCACUGAGAAGAUCCGGCGAGAAACUCAGUGGGCUGUGUCUGUGGAUUAAUUCACUCGUCGAGCCCUUCGUCGCAAGCGACGGGUUCGGCGAGGACGGUGACCGGGUUCGAAGUGAAUGCGUUGUAUAUUACGCGUAGCAGCAUCGCGGCCCCGACCGCAGAUGGCGCUGUAGUCGAUCUCUGACAAUUUACACUGGACUUGAAGAUCCUACGCUUCUAAUGUGAUUACGAGAAAUAGAUAUAUAUAUAUAUAUAUAUAUAUAUAUAUAUAUAUAUAUAUAUAUAUAUAUAUAUAUAUGUACAUACAUACCUUAUAUUUUUUUUGAGAAAUAUUAUUUUUAAUUUAAUUUUAUGGAACCCAGCGCGAAUUAUAACGAUGACUACACGCUUUGAAAGCGUCGCGGUAUCCGCGUUCAAAAAGACAAAAAAAAAACGGCAGAAAAUUUCGGUAAAAUUAUUCUUUAUCGCCUUCCGUGUCGGUUGUUUCUGCCGAUACAAAUUUAAAAAAAGGUUUCGCGUAACGUUCGAUCGUUACGUGACGACGAAAUGUUCGCUUACCAUCGAAUGUGACGCGGAUUCGUGUGUCUUGUCGUAUAGCCGAAAAAAGUAUUAACCAAAAAAAAAACAACGUACUUAUUAUUAUUUGUUAAUUAGCUUUUUGAUUCGGGACUACGUCAUUUAAGGAUGUAGCGCUGCGCGGCGUAGUCGCCUGACAGGACUGCGGAGGGAAACAAUAGUACAAUAGUAGGUAGUCUCCUGUAACGGGCAGGCGCAGGCGGACGCGGCAGCUAUGGGAGUCGUCCACACAAUACGGAGGCUUUAAAUUACUAGUAGCUUAAAAAAACACACACAUACCCAAAACACAACCGAGACACAAAACACGCACAUACACAAAACACGCACAUACACAAAACACGCACAUACACAAAACACGCACAUACACAAAACACGCACAUACACAAAACACGCACAUACACAAAACACACACAUACACAAAACACACACAUACACAAAACACAAACAUACACAAAACACAAACAUACACAAAACACACACAUACACAAAACACAACAGAGACACAAAACACACACAUACACAAAACACACACACACAUACACAAAACACACACAUACCCAAAACACACACAUGCACAAAACACACACACACACACAAAACACACAUGUGUGUGUUUUGCUGUAGUAAGAAUAUCGGAAUGGGUAUGUACCCAAAACACACACACACACACAAAACACACACACACACACAUACACAAAACAAACUCACACACACACACACACCCACAAAACACACACACACACACACACACACACAAACAGCGUCGUUGCAUCGUCGCAUUAGUGCAAUCAGACGCUUCGAAGACAAUUAAACUAUAAAGUUACUAUCAGAACGAACACGAAGCGCGAUUCGUGUGCACUUGGCCGUGUACAAAUAAUUUUCAAUCGGUUCACGUAUUGGGAUGAGGCAGCAAUGUACAACGAACACAGUCGGAAAGGUCACGCGAGGUCGUGCAGCAGCUGUUUUGAAUUUUUAGAGUUAAUAAUCAUUAAUCAUUUACACUCAUUAAGAAUCGAGUUCUUUUAAAGUAGGGCUGUCCAAAAUAAAUACCUUUGCGGGCUUAUUAAUUUUAAUAUAAAAGCUAAAAAUACUUUCCAGACAUUAAUAUUUUCAAAAAAACAUAUUAGUAAUAGAUAGCUUCACUUUUAAAAUGAUGUCAUGGGCAUAGAAUGCUACAAGAAUAAAGAUAAAUUAUACCAAAUAUUGAUUAUAUGUUUUGACAAAGAAUUCUAUUAGUAACCAAACAAUUUAUAUCCAAUACUAUUUUGUUGUUAAAGGCGGUUUUCCAAUUACAGCACAAGAGCGCAUUAUGCGGCAUAAUAUGGUAGUUUUCCAAUUACAGAGCAUAAUGCGACUCAGUGACGCACAAUGCCGAAUUAUGCUGAAGCUUAGUUGAGCAUUAUGCCGCAUAAUGCGCUCUUGUGCUGUAAUUGGAAAACGGCCAUUAGCAUGCGUCCCGCGGGACUUUCUCUGGACAGCCCUAUUUUAAAAGGUCCAGUAACUAAAAUUUGUUGGGCAGUUAAAUUGAGAAUUGAUAAAAAAAACUUUCUUUCUCUUUCAAUCGAAUUGUGUUAUAUCGCCUCAUCUAGUGUAGUUUAAUGAAAUGUCCACUCGACACAUUUCUUUCUUUAAUACAUAUCCACACUUGAAAUGCAAACGUGACUAAGCAACUAUAACUGCUUUGUACAUAAAUGAUAGGCAAUAACCAUAUUCGAUGCGCAAAAAAAAUAUUCUAGGUCUUUUAAAAUCAUUUCAAUCCUACAGCUAGAUUCGUUAAAAUAUAUUUUUUUUUCAGGUAUUUCAACUUUAAAUCAGUCUACUGUAAAGUUCACGCAUUGUCGCUUAGUCAAGUUUGCCUUUCAAGCGUCGAUAUUGAGUUUUUAAAUCGAAAUUGGACAUUCAUUUAAAUACCAGCGAUUUAAUAAUAGAUCACCUAAAGCAUAGUGUUGAAAAUAGUUGUCUUAAAGUCUAUCGUGUUAAUUUUAAUUUAAUUAAUUAAUUGGUGCUAUUUAAGCAUAUAAUAGUAAUAUUAUUCCGAAAAUAACUUUUCGUAAUGUAGAAAACUGACAACAGACGGCAGCACAUGUAUUGUUUUAUGUAAAAUGAUAAAUUUAUAUAUUUUGUUGAUUUAAUAUGAAUAAAAGUGUAUACAUACAUGCUUUCAGUAUUAUAAGAGAUGCGUUUAUUUACUCCCUUUGUCUACUGCAUACUCAAUAAGAAUGGCGCUUAAAGAGUAAAGUCGAGUCGCAAGUUGGUACUGACGCGCACAUUUUUUGUCAUACAUUGCGUGCUUAAUGAGAGUAGAUUUUGCAUCAGUCAACGUUCAAGUCACCUUGUAGAACUAGAGAUUAGUUCACUGUCGCUAUAUUCCUUUUUUUUCGUAGUCCUUUUUUAUUAUUUAAAUAAAUUUUAUUGUUUUAAGUAUUUAUAAUAAAGAUGUUGAUUAAAUAACGUU